AUGGAGAACGUCUUAGAAAAACAACUGUUGAAAGUGGCAGAGUCAAUUGAGCAAAAGCUUGAUCAAGAAAUACAGAAACUUGACGAGUUGGAUUUAGAUAGUAUUGAAAACAUACGAGAACAUCGCUUGCAACAAAUGAAAAAAAUGAUCAAACAGAAGGAAGAAUGGAUGGCUAAAGGACAUGGAGAAUAUGAAGAAUUAAGUGAUGAGAAAGGUUUCUUCGAAAAAUCAAAACUGAGUCCAAACAUGGUAUUACACUUUUACAAAGAUGGAUCGACUCGAUGCAAAAUAGUUGAUCAUCAUUUAAAAAUAUUAUGUGCACAACAUUUGGAAACACGUUUUGUUAAACUAAAUGUUACACGUUUUCCUUUUCUGACAGAACGCAUGAAAAUCCGAGUCAUACCUACCAUUGUGUCAAUAGUUGAUAGUAUAUCCAAAGACUUUAUUGUUGGUUUUACUGAAUUAGGGAAUUGUGAUGAUUUCUCAACCGAGAUGUUGGAAUGGCGUUUAGCACGUUCACAAGUUAUUGAUUAUAAGGGAGACUUACUUAACCCACCAGAUGUAGUCAAGAGCAACCGAACAAUGUUAUUAGAGAAAAAUAAGACAAUAAGAGGUUAUAUAGGAAAUGAUUCCGAUGGUCUAGAUUCAGAUUAA